AUGGAAUAUAGGGUGAGUUUUUCAGAAUUUUUAUUCCAAUAUUCAAUUAAAUCAAAAAGGAUUAAUCUUUUUCAGGAAUUCUGUAUCUACACUACAGUAAUGACAAAAAGAAAUUUUGAUUCAAGAAAUAGAGGUUUUUCAGACAAUUCUGAAUUGCAGUCAAUUGUUUUUUUUUCAGAUUUGCAUAUUCUCGAUCAACCAAACAAACAUAAUCAUUUAUCGAUAUUUUCUUUAAAAAAAAAUCAUUUUAUGAAAUAAAAUAUGUUACAAAAAUAAACGCUCGUGCUUUUUAUCUUGAUGUUAUUUGAGUGGUUUGAAAAUUCAUCCACAAUAAUUAUUUUCAUUAAAUAUAUUAAUUCUUUUUUUUUUUGUCAUAAUUUUUCAGACAUGGCUGAAAAAAAUACUCUACAGAAUCCACAACAAUGCGAAAGCGAAAUGAGCGCUGAAGAUCUGAAAAUGAAGACAUUGCUCGCUCAAGUUGCUCAUGUCUCAGAAGAAACAUAUAGAAAAGAACUUCGUGCCAGAGUUGCUGAAUUACAAAUAGAACGAGAAAAUGUGAUAAAAAUGGUAGCCCAAAGAAAACAACAACAAAAAUCUGAAGUUGAGAGAGAAAAUGAGAAAAUUCAAUCGGAGAUUGAUGAAUUGAAGGAGAAUUUAUCAAAAGCAUGGGGAACGGUGAUUGAUUUUUAAAAACUAUUUUUAAAAACUUUUAAAAAUUGUGAAUAAAGAAAUUGAUCUUUGCAGAUUGGACAAUUGAAAUGCGAACUGGAAUUGAAAAGUGCCGAAAUCAAUUCUUUAAAGAAGAGUAAAACUGGUCCAGUCGAGUGAGUUUUUUUGUGUUUCGAAAAUUUUUAAUUUGCAAUUAUUCCAGCCCAGAUUCAUGUGGCUGUGCAAGAAGAUGCAGUGUAUUAAUGAGUUGGAAGAACCAAGGCUUCAUAGUCAUUUCGCCAAAAAUCGCAGCUGGAAUUUUUCAAGCUGAAAGAUUGAAGAAAACAUUUUCUCGCGAAGAAUGUUUGAAAUUUGCAAAAUCAACACAACCAGAUUUUUUUGAUAAAGCAAAAGCGAUUGUCACAUUCAGCAGUAGCUGUAAAGAGAUGUUGAGUCAUGUGAAACGUUUUCCAACAUGGAAGAAAGCUGCUGAACUGUUUCUCCAGCAAGCCAGAGAACAUCUCGAAAAAUUGGAAAUCAAAGAAGCGAAACGAAUUAUUAUUGCUCCAAGAUUCAAAAAUGCUGGUAUUAUGACUCCGGCUGAUGUGAAAGUGUUUUAUGCUCAAGAAGGAGAUAUCGAUCAAGUAAUCGGAAAAAUCAAGGAUAAACGAUAUUCCGAUCUCUUGCUAUUUGUAGAAACCAAGAAUUGCGAAAGCUAUUAUGAAAAUCUUCGGAAAAUUUUGGAGAAACGAAAUUCGGCUCACUCCUAUGUUUUACCAUUGCCAACAAAUUGUAAAGUUAAUGAAUUACCAAAAAUCAACCAACUGUUUGCUAAACUAAAAAUCAACAAAAAAGUGCAUAUUGUCAAACCAACCGAUGUCGCUGAUGAACUUAUCAAUAUACCACAAGUCUCGUUUUACGAUCGUGAGCAGAAUCUGUUGAAUGCAUAUCUGGAACGAAUGCUUAGAACAGUAGAUUUCCGAUAUCUUGAUGGUUUUGUUAACUUCAGAACUUUUCCAUGUUUUUAAUGAUUUCGAAGGUUUUUUGUAUAUUUUCAUAUUGAAAGAUAAUAAAUCAUAUUGAUUGAAAUUUUUUUUCGAAAUUUUAACAGAUUUUCAGAAAUUUUUUCCAGAUAUCAAGAAAAAAUUGAUUUUGAAAAACAGACCUGAACAAAUUCUAGGCUACAUUGAUUUUUUGAUUUUUUGUUGAAUGAUUUAUUGUUUUUUGUACCAAACCUUUCGCAAAACCACAUCUGGUCCAGAAAACUUUUUGUUUCUUAUUCAAACAUUUGUCAUUUUCACACACUGUUUUCUUAUUUCAAAGAAAGGAUAGGCUCAAAAAUGAAAUAUGGUUCGGUAAAAGAGAAAGAGCAAACCAGCUUGUCAAACCUACGGUAGAUUUAUUAGCGCGCGCGAUUUCGGGGGCGGGUUCUAUCCCUUCUCCUUUUUUCUCUCAAUGUUUCUAGAUGCUUCGUUAGCUUCUCCUAAACUGUUUACCCACAAAUUCGCGCCAGGAUAAAUGAAAUUGGCGCAUUUUUGUAGUUGCUAGCCCUUAUUUAGUUUAAUUGCAUCAUUGUGAAUUUUCCCUGAAACAAAAAAAUGUUUUUUUUUAUUUCUCGCACAUUUUUCCAGACUGGGUAGCGAACAAAAACAAAAUGGAUCAAGACAAAAACGAUCAACUGGAAAAACCAGAAGAUAACAGCAUGGAGCCUCCUCGCUCGGAGGAGGUGAAAGAAGAGAAGCCGCCGGUUGAGGCUGAAACUGAAGUUGUUGAGACUGGUGAAGUUGAGGAGCAAGAUCCACAGGAGGAAACAUCAGUGGAGGUAAUUUGGAAUUUUUAUUUUUACAAAAUUUCAAUGUUUCAAAAAAAUCCACGAAUUUCGGGAAAUUUCAACAACUUUUUUAAAUUUCAAAAACAAUUUCAGGUGAAUUUGAUUUUUCGGAAUUUCCAAACAAUUUUUCUGAACUUAAGGUUUCAAAAUAUUAAAUAUGUACUUUCGAAAAAUUGCUUUUGAAAAUGAUAAACAUUUUACAGAAAAUCAAGUCGUUGCGAAGAAAAUUGAACGAUGCAAUUGCUGAAAAUCAUCGUCUUCAAAAAAGAUUUGGAUAA